AUGAGCAACAAUUAUAAUGACCACAAUGCUGGCCCAAAAAAAAAAUUUUGGCCUAAAAAAUAUUCACAUCCAAACUCAAAAAAAAACUUUUUUUAUGAAGGAGGCCACCACCAACCACCACCGCCACUACAACAACAGUCACCACCGUUACAACCACAACCACAACCACAACCACAACCACAACCACAACCACAACCACAACCACAACCACAACCACAACCACAACCACAACCACAACAACAACAACAACAACAACAACAACAACAACAACAACAACAACAACAACAACAACAACAACAACAACAACAACAACAACAAAAUGUAUAUACUCAUCAAUUUUCACUAUCACAUCCAACUACAACUACAACAGCUCCAUCAAAAGAUUUUUAUUCAAGGGGUGAUUAUUUUAAUUUACCAAUAUCAGCAAUAACUACUAAUCCAUUAUCAGGCCAACCAUUAUUAUCACCCAGAAAUGAAGAUAAAACUUUUAAAUAUAUAAAUCAACAUUUUUUAGAAAAUUAUUUAAAUGAUGAAGAUAAGAGACAUAUUAUAUAUAGUUUCAUUUCUAAAUUGGAAUUAAUACAAUAUCAAAAUUCAAUAUUUCUACAAAAUUAUGACAAUGAAAGGGAAUCACAAAGAAAUAUAAUCCAAUUAUUUAAUCAGUUUUUUGAAGGAAUUCAUUCAUAUAUAUCAGAUAUUCGAAAAGAUACAAUUACUAGGCUUUGUCAUACUAUGGAAUUAAAUUUAAAAGAAUCUUCAAGAUUACGUACUGAUUCAUUAAAUUCAAUGAUGCAAAGAUGUGGUUAUUCCAGAGAUGAAUCAUCGAUUGAUUAUUUAAUUAGAAAUGAUGAUUGCUUCUUACAACUUAUGGCUGAUAGUGAAAGAAUUGAUAAUUUCUUUUUAACAGAUUUUGAUAGAGUAAUUUACUCUGCAACAACUAAUUACAAUGAUAGAAUUAUUAAAAAAAUUUAUUCUUCCAUUCAAACCUUAUUAGAUAUUAAAAUUUCAACAACCUCAUUAUCUUAUAAUAAUAAUAAUAAUAAUAAUCCAAAUAAUAAUAAUAAUCCAAAUAAUAAUAAUAAUAAUAAUCCAAAUAAUAAUAAUAAUAAUAAUAAUAAUCCAAAUAAAAAUAAUAAUAAUAAUAAUAAUAAUAAUAAUAUUAAUAAUAAUAAUAAAAAUAAUAAUAAUAAUAAUAAUAAUAAUAAUAAUAAUAAUAAUAAUAAUAAUAAUAAUAAUAAUAAUAAUAAUAAUAAUAAUAAUAAUAAUAAUAAUAAUAAUAAUAAUAAUAAUAAUAAUAAUAAUAAUAAUACUCAAUCUCAAUUUGAGUUAUGCCAAUAUUAUUAUAAUAAAAACUCAAAAAAUUCAAUUGACUCAAAUAAAGAAAAUAUUGAAUUUCUUGAAGGUAUGGCACCGGUUUAUGCAUUUUUAUUAGCUCAUUAUUAUAAUAAUCGUGUUUUUGAUAGGAGAACAUUUUUAAAAUAUUUGGAUUAUAUAUUUGAUGAUAAUUUUACUUCAGCAAAUUAUUUUUAUCAAAAGAUUGAAUCAGCAACAUCAUCAUCAAUAUCAUCGUCAUCAUCAUCAUCGCCAUCACUAGGUGGUCAAGUUUUUAAAUUACCUUAUUUAAUAUCAAAUGAAAAUUUAAUUCAAGAGAUUACUUCAUUUUCAGAUUGUUUAAAAAAUUUAAAGAAAAUUUGUGAAUUAACAAAAGAUUCAAUUGAAAAUUCUUUUUUAUACGUUAAAAAUUUCAUAUAUUUCAAUGAUGGUUUAGCUAUACAACAAAAAAAAAUUUUAAAUGAAAUUAAAUUUGCAAAUGAUAUUCAAUUCUCUUUUGAAGGUGGUCCUUGGAAAAAGCCAACAACCUUUACUUAUUAUUUUUUAAAUCAAUUAAAUAUAAAUUUAAUAAAAAAUAAAAAAAAUAAAAAUAAAAAUAAUAAUAAUAAUUAUAAUAAUAAUAAUAAUAAUAAUAACAAUAAUAAUAAUAAUAAUAAUAAUAAUAAUAAUAAUAAUAAUAAUAAUAAUAAUAAUAAUAAUAAUAAUAAUAAUAAUAAUAAUAAUAAUAAUAAUAAUAAUAAUAAUAAUAAUAAUAAUAAUAAUAAUAAUAAUAAUAAUAAUAAUAAUAAUAAUAAUAAUAAUAAUAAUAAUAAUAAUAAUAAUGAAAUUAAUAACAAUGAAAUUAAUAAUAAUAUUAAUAAUAAUAUUAAUAAUAAUAAUAUUUUAAACUUUAAUAAUAAUGAAAGAUUAAUAGAUUUAAAUUGUAAAGGUUUUGUACCAUGGACUUUGAGAUUAAAGAAUAUUGAAAAAAAUAGUACAACAUUAUCACCAUUUUCAGUGGAAUAUCAUUUACAUAAUUUAAAUGAAGAAAAUAAAAUAACUUUUUCAAAAUUGAUUAAAGAUGUUUCACUUUCAACAAACACAAUCAUUUAUUUUAAUAGAAUGAAAUUAUUAAUUAACCUCUCACAACUACCAAGUGAUUUACUAAAUUAUAUGCAUUAUGAAUAUUAUAGAAUAUUGGUUCAAAUUACUCAUUCUUUUGUUCAAAAAAAUUCAACCAAUAACAAUAAUAAUAAAAAUAAUAAUAAUAGUAGUUCAUAUGAUUUUAAUGAAAUUAGAUCUGCCAAAGCUUAUGGUUUAGUUUAUUUUUUUUCACCUGCCCUAUUUUAUUAUUCAUACAACGAAACAAAGGAAUUUGAUUUUAAAAAAUCCAGAAAUACAAAUAAUAAUAAUAAUAAUAAUAAUAAUAAUAAUAAUAAUAAUAAUAAUAAUAAUAAUAAUAAUAAUAAUAAUAAUAAUAAUAAUAAUAAUAAUAAUAAUAAUAAUAAUGUUAAUAAUAAUGAUCCAAAUAAUAAUAAUAACGACUCAAAUAAUAAAGAUCCAAAUAGUAAAAAUAAUAAUUAA